UAAUUGUGUUUGCCUGAUGUGUUUCAUUAAUUGUAUUGAAAACUUUUCUGUUCAUUUUCGUUCGAUUUUGUUGUGUACGGAAAUUUCGGAAUUAUUAUUAAUUAGCAGUAAAAUAUCUGUAGAUACCUAACGUCGAAUCGAUUCUGGGGUCGCAUAUCGGUGUGUGUAUGUCUUGAAACGACUCACACAAUUUCUGUUGUAAUUGUCGUUCAUAUAUUCAAAAUUCUAAAUUAAAAAUGGAUGAAAAUUCAAACAGUUCUCAGGGUGCAGCCCCAGUGUCAUCACAAUCUGGUGUACCACAACCUUCUCCUGGACCUUCCCCAUCAUCAAUUCCCGCUUCCUCACAACCUCAGAUAAUUCCUCCUGGACACCAUGUCAAUACUGGAAUGAUGCCACCACCACCUCCUGGACAACAUCCUCAUCAACAAUUACCCCCAUCUCAUAUGCAACAAAUUCCUCCUGGUAUGAAUCAUGGACCACAACAAUCACAUGCUCCUCAGCAACCAUAUUCCAUUGCACCACAACAACAUCAUCCUUAUGGUCCACCACCACAACAAACUUGGUUACCACCGCCACCUAAUUCUGCGAUGGCACCAUCUCCUCAACAUCGUAACAUGAAUCAUCAUGGCGGAAUAGGUCCUCAACCUCCAAACCAAGGCAAACCUAUGCCACCAAUGGCUGGACCACCGCAACAACCAGGUCCACCAUCGUCUACUCCACACGGAAAUUAUUCAACGCCACCGCCUCAAUCACAGGGUGGAACUGGAGCAUACAAUUAUCCUGGGCAUAUUACCAAUGGAGAAUAUGGACAAUCACCCCAACAACAAGGUGGUAAUGCUGGUGGAUAUCCUGCACCUAUUACUGGUUACGGUGGCAUACCAAAUCCUGAUGCGAAAUUUGCGGCUCAUCAAUUGCAUCAAUUACGGCAUCAAAUUGUAGCAUAUCGAUAUUUGGCACGAAAUCAACCAAUACCCGAACAAGUUAGUAUGGCAUUACAGCAUUCAGGAAAACGUUCCCUGCAAUUUCCUCCUCAAUCACCACAAAUGCAUCAGCAACAGCAACAACAUGGUGGAUGGCCUCGUCCACCAACUCCAUCCACACCUGAUAUAAUUCAUCAACAACAACAGCAACGACCACAAACUCCACAGCAACAAGGUCCACCUAAUCAAAUAGCACCACCAUCAUCAUCGGGUGGUUAUAGCAUGAAUGGCGGGCCAAUGCCCAUGAAGCCAACGGGUAUGAUUCCUUCACAGCCAUUGCAAAUGAAUGGUCCUUCUGUGCAACUACCCAAUGUUCCAUCUGCUGGUUCUGGUCCAAUUAUGAAUGGUGGCGCCGGAAUGAUAGCAGGUCCUGAACAACAACCAGGUGUACAUCAUGGUCACCAUCCUGGGCCACAUCAUCCACCACAACAUCAAUUUCCGCCACAUUGGCGCCCUGGAGCAACAACAGGUGGACAACCACAGCCGCCACCUCCCUCAUCUCAUCAACCGCCAACCAUGAAUGAACGUGAUAUGAAUGCAUAUCAUGCAAUGGCAUCACAACUUCAACAGCCUAAACUAACUCGUGUAACUCCAGUGGCCAAACCAGCCGGUCUGGAUCCAAUUGAAUUAAAAAAAGAGCGCGAAAACUGUAUUGCACAACGUAUUGCUCAUCGUAUUCAAGAGCUGCAAGACUUACCCGCAAAUAUUCCCGAAGAUUUACGUAUUAGUGCUAUGAUUGAAUAUCGAGCAUUACGAUUGUUAAAUUUUCAGAAACAAUUACGUGCCGAUGUGAUUGCUUGUAUGCGACGCGAUACAACGCUUGAAACCGGACAAAAUCCGAAAUUAUAUCGUAAACCUAAACGUAUUGGUCUACGUGAAGCAAGAAUUACUGAAAAAUUGGAAAAACAACAAAAACUUGAACAAGAACGACGUCGUAAACAAAAACAUCAGGAAUAUAUUAGUGCUAUUCUGCAACAUGCCAAAGAUUUCAAAGAAUAUCAUCGUAAUAUUCAGGCCAAGAUCGGUCGUGUUAAUAAAGCUGUUGCCGUUUAUCAUGCUAACACAGAACGUGAACAGAAAAAAGAACAAGAACGAAUCGAAAAAGAACGUAUGCGACGUUUAAUGGCUGAAGAUGAAGAAGGUUAUCGAAAAUUGAUUGAUCAAAAGAAAGAUAAAAGGUUGGCAUUUUUGUUAUCGCAAACCGAUGAAUAUAUUCGUAAUCUUACCGAAAUGGUACGACAACACAAAGAAGAACAAAGAAGGAAAAGUAAAGAGCGACGUAAAGUACGAAAGAAGAAAAAGAAAAAUGGGGUAGAAGGUGAAAAUAAUAAAGAAAAUAAGGAUGGAACUAAAAAUUUACCGGAUGGCGCUUUCGAUGAAAAUAGUCAAGGAGGUGAACUUCGUGUUAAUGUUAUCGAAACCGAAUCGGGCAAAUUAUUAACCCGACAAGAUGCACCAUUAGCAUCGGAAUUAGAUCAAUGGCUUCAAGAACAUCCUGGAUGGUCUGUUGCUCCUAAAUGUGAAAAACAACCGGGAGAAAGUGGUGAUGCCGGUGGUGAUUCAGAAUCCGAAUAUGAAGAAGCUACCGAAUCGGAGACCGAUGAUGAUGAAAAAUCUAAUCAAGAUUCUCAAAUGAAAAAUAAUGGUGAUGGUGAAAAUAGUUCCACAGCAACAUUAAAACCUACCCCACAGAUUUCGGCUGAAGAUGAUGAAUACAAAGGUGGUGAUGAUCAAGUUAAUUAUUAUAAUAUUGCUCAUGGUAUCCGAGAACGUAUUACUGAGCAAUCAUCAUUGUUACGUAAUGGAAAAUUAAAAGAAUAUCAGAUUCAUGGUCUUGAAUGGUUGGUCUCAUUGUAUAAUAAUAAUUUGAAUGGUAUACUUGCUGAUGAGAUGGGUCUGGGUAAAACAAUCCAAACGAUUGCAUUAAUCACUUAUCUAAUUGAAAAGAAGCGUAACAAUGGUCCAUAUUUGAUUAUUGUUCCAUUAUCAACUAUGUCGAAUUGGAUGUUGGAAUUUGAUCGUUGGGCUCCUACAGUCAUCAAAAUCCCUUAUAAAGGUUCACCCGGAGCUCGUAGAGAUUUAUCGACCAAUUUGAAAUCAAAUAAAUUCAACGUAUUAUUGACUACAUAUGAAUACAUAAUCAAAGAUAAAGCAGUACUAGCCAAAAUAAAAUGGAAAUACAUGAUUAUCGAUGAAGGACAUCGUAUGAAGAAUCAUCAUUGUAAAUUGACGCAAAUUUUGAAUACACAUUAUACUGCUCCUCAUCGAAUUCUUUUGACCGGUACACCAUUGCAAAACAAACUACCGGAAUUAUGGGCAUUGUUGAAUUUUCUUUUGCCUUCAAUCUUUAAAUCAUGUAAUACGUUUGAACAAUGGUUUAAUGCGCCGUUUGCAACCACUGGUGAAAAGGUUGAAUUGAAUGAAGAAGAAACUAUUCUUAUUAUUCGCCGUCUUCAUAAAGUACUCCGGCCAUUUUUACUACGACGUUUAAAAAAAGAAGUAGAAUCACAGUUACCGGAUAAAGUUGAAUAUGUAGUCAAGUGUGAUAUGAGCGCACUUCAACGUUAUUUAUAUCGCCAUAUGCAAAGUAAAGGUGUCCUUUUGACCGAUGGUUCCGAAAAAGAUAAAAAAGGCCGUGGUGGAACCCGUACAUUGAUGAAUAGUAUCAUGCAAUUGAGAAAAAUUUGUAAUCAUCCAUUCAUGUUUCAACAAAUUGAAGAAUCUUAUGCCGAACAUUUGGGCUUAAGCGAUCGUAUUGUCUCAGGUCCUGAUCUUUAUCGUGCGGCUGGCAAAUUUGAACUUUUGGAUCGUAUCUUACCUAAAUUCAAAGCCACAAAUCAUCGGGUGCUUCUUUUCUGUCAGAUGACAACUUCCAUGACCAUUUUGGAAGAUUAUUUUAAUUAUCGAUCGUAUCAAUAUCUAAGAUUGGAUGGUACAACCAAAGCUGAAGAUCGUGGUGUCCUCUUGUGUAAAUUCAAUGCACCUGGUUCUGAUUAUUUUGUUUUUCUUCUUUCUACUCGUGCUGGUGGUUUGGGUUUAAAUCUACAGGCAGCCGAUACUGUCAUAAUUUUCGAUUCAGAUUGGAAUCCACACCAAGAUCUUCAAGCACAAGAUCGUGCUCAUCGUAUUGGUCAAAAGAAUGAAGUACGUGUAUUGCGUUUGGUUACCGUCAAUUCAGUUGAAGAACGUAUUUUAGCUGCCGCUAAAUAUAAAUUAAACCUUGAUGAAAAAGUCAUUCAAGCUGGCAUGUUUGAUCAAAAAUCUACUGGAUCUGAGCGAAAGCAAUUUCUACAGGCAAUUUUACAACAAGACGAUGGUGACGAAGAAGAUGAUGAGAAUGAAGUACCAGAUGAUGAAACCAUCAAUCAAAUGAUCGCUCGUACAGAAGAAGAAUUCGAAUUGUUUCAAAAGAUGGAUUUGGAUCGUCGUCGUGAAGAGGCACGAAAUAUAAAACGUAAACCACGAUUAAUGGAAGAAUCAGAACUACCAUCAUGGCUUUUGAAAGAUGAUUUCGAAGUAGAACGUUUGGCCAAUGAAGAAGAAGAAGAUAAACUAUUUGGUCGAGGUUCACGUCAACGGAAAGAAGUUGAUUAUUCUGAUUCACUUACCGAACGUCAAUGGUUGAAGGCCAUUGAAGAUGGUAAUUAUGAUGAGAUCGAAUUCAACACGGGUGGUAAAUCAAGACGACGUAAAUCUAAAAGUGGCAAACGACGACGAAUUGAUGAUGAUGAUGACGACGAUGAUGAGGAUGAUGAAAAGCCUAAAAAGAAACGUGGUCGUCCAACGGUUGAGAAAAAUCCUCCCAAUCCACCUAAUUUAAUGAACAAAAUGCGUCGAAUCAUCCACGAGAUUGUGAACUUUAAGGUUCCUGAUCCUGAAGCGUCGCCACAACCAGAAGAUGUUGAAAACAAAGACAACAAUGAUGAAUCUGGUAUGGCAUAUCGGCAUAUUGCUGAUGCAUUCAUGGAACUGCCAUCUAGAAAAGAGUUGCCGGAUUAUUAUGAACUUAUUCGGCGACCAUUGGAUAUUAAAAAAAUUCGUUCACGUAUUAAUAAUCAUAAAUAUCGUUCAUUAGAAGAACUUCGUGAUGAUUUCAUUCAAAUGUGUCAGAAUGCGCAAACAUAUAAUAUGGAACAAUCGCAAAUAUAUGAAGAUUCGCUUAUGUUGCAGAAAAUUUAUGAUGAAGUUACCGAAAAAGUUGAAGCCAAAGAAGCAGCGGCUGCUGCAGCUGCCUCUGCAAGAGGAAUUAGUGCUGGAACUUCCGGUGCAAAUACAACCGGUUGUGAUACCGAUCAAGGUGAUGAUGAUGACGAUUUGAUUGAUGACUCUGAUGAAGACGAAGAUGAAGAUGAAGAAGAUUUGCCUAAGAAAAAGAAGAAAACAUCUUCCACCGGUCGUACACCUGGUCGGCCAGGAAGACAAGCCAAAACCAAUUCUAAACGCUACAUAUCCGAUGAUGACUCGGAUGAUACUGAUGAAUGAUGUUCUUAUUAUUGUAUAUUCAAAAAAAGGAUUUUUUCAUCUCUAAAUUCAUUUAUAUUGCCUAUAAUAUCAUUUUAUUUCAUAUUUAAUACGUAAACAUGGAUUAACGUAACGACAAAAAAAAUGCAUGACUUUAUCUUUUUUGAGUGUUAUUUACGAGAAAUGGAUGAAAUUUAAUUGUGUAAAAAUACUAGCUUAUUAAUAUUAAAAAUGCACUAUGAAUGAUACUUAUAUCUUUUUAUUGUCUAAGAUCACUGAUUAAAUAGUAUACGCAGUAUUUUUUAAAAAAAUACGUGGAAUUUGUUUCCGAGUUAAUAAUGGUUUUUUUUGUUAUUCUUUUAUUUUGAUAUUGUGUAUCCAUCAAUGUUUUUACCAUUUUUACAAAAACGAAAAUGCAAUUAUUAUUCAUAUUAUUUGUAUUUUAUAAACUUUUUUCUAUGAAAUAUAUGGUCCAUGGUGAUGAAAACGUGAAUUCACUGAUUACGCAAUACAAUGUUUAUCAAUCAACAAUUUUAAUUAAAAAAGCCGAGCUG